AUCGUAGUCGAACUGCAAUUUCUAUAUUUCAGCACGGUGUCAGUUCACAAGGAAAUUGACAACUGCACCUCGUGCGCGAUUGAUUGGCAAGAAAAGGUCUACCGUAGGGGGUGACUCACUAGCCAAUUAGAUGCCGAGGCCAUUGUCAACUGAAACCCAACAUUAUCAAACGAGAUUGGGCUCAGCGCUUUCACGCUUUCCGCCUUUGAACGCAGUAUUCAAUACAACAUAAGCACUUCUAAACGUUCAAAUAUGCUGGGAUGAAUUUUCCUAGACUAGCGAGCCGUUUAAAUCGGCUGAACAAGUGACACCAUGGAGCGAACGCAAGAAAAAAUCCAGCCUCUACCGCCAAAACUUCACGUUCUCGACUCGACUGUGAACGUCCAUUCUGCUUCACUCGAUAAGGGGACUUCGAAGGCCCCAAACAAGGGCUAUUCUGCCGAAUCUUCACAUGAAAACAGUGGUUAUGUGCGAAGCAGCCAUGAAGUGUUCAUUGGAAGAAAAUCGGAGCCAAUGCAUUCACAUUUGCAAGCUCAGUAUUAUCAUCCGACAGCUAUGAUGAAUCUGCCUUACCUGAGCAUGGACCCCCGGGCCCAAUCCAACCUGUUGUACACCUACAAUAGCCCAAUGGUGGGGUUUCACGGAGUACCAGGGGGGUACAGCCAAAGGAUUCCUAACGGGGAGGAAACAGGACGAGAUGGAAGGCAAUCGCACCCCACACAGCCUGAAAGGUAUGAAUCUUCCCGAGAUCGAGAACCAAAGGAGCCAAUACGAACUGAGAGUGUUAUAAAAAUCGCAACGGAGAAGAAGGGCGACUCGGCGGACGAUCAGAAGUCGAAAAUUUCUGAAGAUUUCCGAUCAUCCGAACGAAACGGAGACGCCGAUCGAGGAUCCCGAGACAAACCCGACUCUCGAGCGAUGUCAAAUGAAGGAAGAAAAAGCCGAAGUUACGAAGGAUCCCCAAGUGAGACAAGUCCCUACAGCCGAGGAUAUCCUCCGACGACACACCGGAGUUAUUCCGAACAGAGCACCGACCCGCGAGUGAGCUCGAAAUCCGAGUAUUCGUGGGCCGAUCACUCACGACCACCCUCCGAACAUUCUCGACUGGGGUCGGAAAACCCUCACUCGGUUUCGGAAAAUUCUCGGGUAGUAUCAACUGCAGGGAUUUUUUCGUCAAUGCCAAAGCUUACUCCGAUAGCUCCCCGAGGACCUUCCGGCUCUUAUCCUGCUGGUGCUCCAGAUGUUAGCCACAGAGGGUCUCCAUUGGGGUCCCCCUGGAGGGUCCCAUAUCUCUCCUAUGCAGGGCCACGCCCAGAUUACCCGCCCUCUUCUUUAGAGACUGUAAGCCUCCAUCGAGGCGCGCUGGAGAAGGCCAGCGGUGAUAUGACUGAGAGACAUGCCCAUAGGCCGACGUACGGUGCGCGGGCCUUUGAUAAGGAAGACGCUAUGGCAGCGCGGGAAAGCUACGAGAAACAAGCGCGCGCAACCUACUACUCACAUGCGUUGGGGGAGAGGACGAGCGAAAUGCAUCCUGGGUACUACCAGGCACAUGGCCACACGCGAGUUCCUCCGGCUCCCGAAAAGCGAACUGAUCGCCAUGUGAAGGACGGAAAAGAUUCGGAGGAUACUCGGAUGCUUCCCACCGAGUCAACGCGCGGUGCGAGUCCGCCCGAGAGGUUCUCGACUAAACACACAAAAGAUUCGGAAGUGAGCGGAAAAGUCGACAAGCACGAAAAAACUAACAGUGGUCACAAAGACCAAGACACUAUCAUCAGAAUUUCAAACUCGUACAAUAGGAACGAAAAACCGGUUUUACCGGAUAAUGUCCGUUAUAAGCUCGGUGACGACAAAAAGGGUGCUUUAAAGUCGGACAAAGUGACGGUUUACCCGAAGCAGGGAAUGGCGUAUGUCGUGUCCGUUCGCGAGAGUUCACAGAAAGUUUCGGACUACUUUACGAACGGCACCCGAACUGAGAUACCUGCAAAGCCAGAUGUGAAAAAACCUGAAGCCGCUUAUCGAUCGAAGCAGGGCCCUGAGAGCUCAAGAAAACCGGAAAUGGCUGACAUGAAAUCGAGGCGUGAUGCGGAGGGACCUGUUUCAUACAGUGACUAUCACAAACGAUUUACCGAGACCCUCAACAAAGAGAAGCAGUCCGGACCGACGAACGACUCCAAGAAGAGCAACGACAAAAACAACAACGCCUCCUUUGAUAUGUAUUACGGUGGUUACCAUGGUGAUAGGUCACGCAAUCGCAUCACGCUUAGUCAGGACAAAGUGUUCGUUCCGCCAAACGCGACGUUCCAGAUGUUCGUGAAACGCGAGCAGGAGAUGGAGCGAGUUCGCGCGGAGUACUCGCGUGAUUCGAAGGAACCCGCGAGAGAAUCACGCAAUCUCUCAAACGAAUCACGCAAAAGUACACAGGGUGAAUCAAGCAACGUCCACGAAGCGCGAAACGUACAGGAUUCUCGAAACCCUCACAGUGAGUCACGUGUGUCUGAUGCCGAGUCACGUAACCCUCACGCCGAGUCACGCAAUCCUAGAAGUGAAUCACGCAGUCCUCGCAGUGAGUCACGCAUUCCUUAUGCAGACUCACGUAUCACGCAUAACGAGACACGUAAUGCUCAUACAGAGUCACACAACCCCAACAUUGAGUCACGCCUUCCUCAAAACGAUCCACGUAACCGUUACAGUGAGUCACGCAACGACUCACGUUAUAUACCCACCGAGUCACGCAGUCACCCAAACGAGUCACGGGGUCACCUCAGUGAGUCAGGCAGUGUGCAGAGCAAGGACAAAGAAAAAGAGGUGAGUACUGGCGCGUCUGUUGAGGACGCGAAAAGACCUGUCGUGCGGACGAACCCGAAGACCUUAGAGAGACGAGUAGAGAGCUCGGACGACGACGAGUUGAAAGUGAUCGAGGAAAAGACUGAUGAGAAAAGCGGGAACCGUCAAUCUCGAACGGAAGAGAAUCGUCCUUCCUCGCCACUCUACCCUAAUCGGCAACAGCGUAUUGUAUCUCCGCCAUCCGGACGCAACUCGGCGCGCAGCUCUCCGUACGCACAUUAUGGUACGGGCUUCCCCGGGAGACCCGGAAGUGACGUCACAGGCCGCGAGGGACUUGAUCAGCGUCUUUAUCAGGCUAAUAGCAUGGCGGCCUAUCAAAAUGCAGCUGGACUGUACGGUGCGAUGCAGUAUCCGCAGAUCGCCGCACAUAUUUUAAACGCUGGAGGUAUACCGCUUGACCCGUAUGCUAUGUACCGUGGGCCACACAUGAUGGACCCUUCCAUGCAGGGGCUCGCUCAGGAUCCAGUUACUGGUUCCAUUAUGAUGAUGCCUGACGCGUACCUGGCAUUGCUGAACCCAAUGGUCGCCUCCGAGUCUCCGUACAUGAUGGACCCCGCGAUGCUACAGCGGUUUUACGCCAUGCAGCAGGCGCAAAUGGAUGACCCACGCUGGCAGCAGUUCUACCAGUUGAUGAGUCAACAACAGAAACAUCUCCACGAGCAGCAGUACAAGCAUGAUAUCAUGAUGCAACAACAAGCAGCCAUGGCUAACUCACCUUUCUAUCACUUAUACCAAAAGCAGGUGGAGGUGCAAAGAAAGGAUGAACGGGAGCGCAGGGAGUCUGGUGAACAGCGGUCAAAGUCCCGAGAGGAGCAGACCAAUCAGAACGAAAAAUCCGAACAGAAGGAUGAUGGGAACGGGUCAGCGGAAAGUAAACCGCUGCAAAUGCGUCCUAAAGACAAAGAAGCUACAAACGAGCAGUCGAGAUCACGUGAUAGUGAGACAACACCGACGGUAAUUGAAAAUGGAAACCGGGAUGAACGGACUGUGGAUGAACGGAACGACAAGGCAUAUCAGUUUCAACAGUAUCUACUCCAAGGGGGCUUCGCAAACUCCAGAUUUCCCUUCACAAAUCUGCCGCCUCCUCGGGACCCCCCUCGAAACUCGUCUGACGUCCCGCGGGAUUUAUCGCGAGUAUCCCGCGAGUCCACGACAGAUCUUGGUAGCAUCGCUUCCGGUGCAACAACAGAUGGGCAACAGAUUGCCGCCAGCAGUACUGCUGAGCAGCGGCUUGUUCCUCAAGUGACUACUGAUCAUGAAAGACGAGAAAUUACGUCUCGCGAAGACCCAGUGACCACGCCUUCCCUAGUCUACCCGCUCGCAAGAAGCAUCACCGCAGGUAUACCUCCCGCCAAUCACCCUUAUGACGUCACAAACGCUGGGGCAAUGCGCACACAACACGUAGCAAGUGACGCCGAGAGCACACAGCAACAGCUGACGGAGAGAAAGAGAUCCGGAUCACUUUCGCCUUUACUGGUCGCCGAGGUGGAAAAGCUCCAUCAAGAUGACGAAUUGGAAGUUGUACGCGUGGGGAGUGGUGAAGGGGGGACUUAUUCCGAUCAGUUGCAUGACCACUCCCAAGGCAUGGAGCUACUCAUGUCACUGGCCGGAGAAAGACACCCGGGCCCCCUAGAGAGCCCCUCGAACCGUUCCGAGAUUUUCUGGACUGAGGACUCUGGAGCGGAGGAAGAUUUAGAGAUCCGGACUAUUAACUCGUCGUUUAGACCACUCGUUAGAGAGUUUGAUCUGCACGACAAGGAGAACUCGUUGAAACACUCGCUGGACAGCGUGAAGAGUGAGGAGGAGAGGAAGAGGAUUCGUGAGAAUAUCGAUCGGUUACGUAAAAUUGCAAAGAGACGAACACGCGAGGAGCGAUUCAUGUUCUUCACGAGAAGCAAGGAGUUGAGAAGUCCUACCUCCAUCGUAAGUAAUGUGACAGCGUCAAUCAACGAGAUGCUGGAGAUGAACGUUCUCGAGAAGGACAUCAGAAUGAGGCUGGCUGAUCUGCAGAAAAAGUACCGAGAAAAGAAUCGUGAGCUCGCACGCCUGCAGCCCCGAAACAAGGACGGGAAUGGUGACGGUAACGGCAAACACACCCCAGUCAAACGCGGCCCAGGGAGACCCCGGAAGCGGAAGUACUUCGGCGCAAGCACUAGGAGUGGGAAAAGCACACCCGCCUUGAACGGCUCGUUCUAUGACGCAACACGAAGCGAACGCAGCACGCCUAUAUCUCGGUCCCAAUCUCCAGGAAUGCGGUCCGUGACAAGCGAGGAGAACCUGGGUUCGAAAGACUUUUAUGAGCCAGAGCGUAAGAGGAAGCGCAAGAGGAAGCACGUCCAGAACGUUCCGGAAAAGAUCGAUAAAGAGUCGGAAUGCUACGACAAGGAAUCGGACCGGGAUACCGGGCUUCUGCCGUCUCCUCCGCUCAUCCUCAGUCGUUCGGAAAUUGAGGAACUGAACAUUAAACGCGGAAAGAGUAAAAAGAGCCUGCAAGAUGAGAUUGUCAAGCCGAUCAAGACUAAAACGAAGCGCCCUGACAGAACCAAGUCCCCGCCCACUAUCACUCAUCACCCGGCGAGUUCUGCAAUGUCAACACUCAUCUCCGCCAUUGCACCUUCAGGGUUUGAAGACACAUCAAGUAUCGAUAGCGAAAGCCUCGCUCUUUCAUUAUCCUCUUCCCAAAGCCACAAGCCGAAAAAGAGCAAGAAAGAAAAGAAGAAGAAAUCAAAAUCAAGUAUCGACACAGAAGACAUAGAGGAUAACACUAUCCAAGAUGGGAACCCCCGUUCCUCCUCUCAAGAAAGCCCUAAACUUAAACCCAAGAAAGUUAAAACGGGAAAGAAGAAGAAAAAGUCAAGUACGGAAUCAUUUCCAUCUGUACCCACUAAAUUCGAAUUCCCGGAUGUUAAGACUUUUAUGGAUGAGAACACCACUUCAAGUAUGCCCCAGCAACCGGCUGCCAUGGAGACGGUUGCCAAGGAAGAAGAUGAGGUUUUUGUGGCAUAUCGAGGGGGUGGGGCGUUAGACAUUUUGGCGGAUUAUGCGAGCUCCGCUGAAAAGCGAAAACGGCCAGAGGGCUCACCGACCAAAUUAGAAAAAGUCAAGCGGAAGUCAAAGCCCAAAAAGCCAUUCCCUGGGUUCCCUGUGGAAACGGAACGCGAUGCUGAGCCUAUGGCAAAAAAGAAAAAGAAGAAGAAAAAGAAGUCUUCGCAGCCUGAGAAUGAGAGCCCUUCUAAGAAAGCGAGCCCGCCACUAGAGCAGCCCGCCGCUGAGCCUGCUAUUAAACCUGAGCAAAGAACGGAACCGGAAGCAGAAAAACCCCAGGAGCAGACCAAACCGUCACCGGUGGUGCAAACGGAAGUUGAGACGACACUGGAAAACAUGGAACAAGAAAAGGAACAGGAACAGAAAGGAAUGGAAGACCAGGAUACGGAAAGAGAUUCCGAGAGCACACCUCCAUCAUCCGGUGGGAAAGAACGACGGACUAAGUCCCGUAGCAGUUCCCUGAAAGACGACCUGUCACCCUUCCUCGUGUUUGGCGACUGGCAGCCGAGACGCAGCGAGCGAAUCUUUAUCAAUAGCAGCGUCCCAAUCACUAACAACCCAGACUGUAGUCCACUCGCCAGCCCAACGGCAAAACCUGGAGAUUUCAACUGGCCCAAAAAAAACAAAAAGAGCUUGAAGGGGAAAAAGUCAAGCAAGUCAAGCCAUAGCGACCUUGAGUUUGGUGAAGAGGAAAACGAGAGUCCAUCAGCCUUGAAAUCCGUCAAGUUGAAGAAGAAGAGUCCUUCGAAAGCCAAGAAGCGAAGGACGUCAUCCUCUACAGACCCUGACUUUGUGAUACGUACACCAAGAAGGAAGGCUGCCAAACGCGGCUUGAACUACGAAGAGGAAGAGGAGGAAGACGAUGAAGGAAUCGAACAUCCGCACGCUGAAGACGAAAUUCUUGAUCACGAGCUAACAGAUGAACAUAAAUAUAAUGAAGAUACAGCCGAACCUCCCAAGGAAUCAGAGAUGGAUUUUGAUGCUACAGAGACUACCAUCACUCCCCCUGAUAGCGGCGCGUUAAAAGACAAAACCCUUGAGAUCGAAGAAAAGGUAGAAGCUAACAAAGAAGAGAAGUCCUCUGAAGUCAAAAAAGAAAAAAAGCGGAGACGUAAGUCGAAGAAAGAGGAUGACAAAGAGAAACCAACGACUUUGGGGUCUGCCAGUGGGGGUGGUGGCGGCGAGACAAAGCUGAAUGAUUCUAGUGUAGUGAGUGAUGUUUCGCUCAAGGAAGAGAAAACUAUGUUGGUAGAACUGACGACUGUUGAUCAGGUGAAAGAGGAGACGCCAGUUGACGUAGCUGUGGUAACGAGUCCCGUCGCACAUCCAGAAUGCAGCGAAGAAAAGGUUAAAGAUAACGAUGAAAUUAUGUUUGAAAUACCGGAGAAGGCUGAAGAGGCAGAUAAGAGCGAGGAAGCAGUUGCUAUGAAGGAAGACGCUGAACUAUCGCAGACAAAAAUAGGAUAUUCGCAGGAAAAAGAUGCUAGCGAGUCCACCGAAGAGGAAGAUUCCAUAGACGAAACACCUGAAGAGCCACCUUUCACCUUUACCAAGGAGGAGUUGAAGAAUAACACCCAGAUGUUGCUUCCGGUUGAUCGAUUGUUCUUUCGCGGACACAUCCAGUUUUAUCAGGAGCCUGAUCUUUUUGGCAUUGUACUGAAUGGAGAGAGGGGUAGAAGGCCUCAUCUGCGAUCAACAGAUCAGCUUCUCACUCAAGCGGUGAAGGACAUUGAGCCACUGUCCGUCGCGUCUUUGCCUGUCGGGACUCGCGUCUGUGCGCACUGGAGCCCUCAGUACCGGUGCUUCUACCCUGGCAACGUCAUAGAAGCUCCUCCCGAUGAGAAAGAGCAGCCCGGGAAGGUCUGGAUCGAGUUUGAUGACGGCGACAGUGGGAUCUUUCCGUUAGACGAGAUCCGGCGAAUAACGACCGAGUUUGCCGUGGGAGUUGAAGGUGUUGAAUCUGACGUGAUUGCCCCCGAGAGACGACCGCCAUCACCCUCUCCAUCAUCCAAGAAGAAGGACGAGCCAUCUUUCAAGAGCAAGGAUGACUCAGCCUAUCGCAGUACUACAGAGGAGGCUUCUGGGAACGAAAGUGCGGAGAACGUCCCUACGAGAAGACAAAAGGGACGAGCAAAACGACGAGGGAGACUAAGUACGAGAGAGCGUCACUUAAGCGAGGCUACCGACUCGGACGGGCCGAGGGACAAUCAUGAAAGUGAUUUCGAAGAAACUGUUUUAAAGAAAGAAACUUCCAAGAGUGAUUUCGAGAAAGUUGACGGAAAUAAUAUAAAAGAGCAGAAGCGGGAAAGACGAGCAAAAAGCAAAGACGCUUCUUACGGCUCGGAUGACGCGGAAAAUAAUUCCGAUCAUGUGAGCUCGGCCAGACCAAACCGAGUUAGGGCUAGUACUGAAUCGAAACGCGCAGACGAGGAGACUGAGCCCGAGGAUGCGCCUCUCGUCAUCACAAGACCACGUGGCCGCCCUUCCCGCUCUAACUCCGACCUCGACUUGAGGAAGAGGUCCCUUACUUGGAGCCUGACCAAUAGCAGUACUCGUGCCAGAAGCGUCGGGGGCGAUAGUCCGUCCCAGGAUGACGACGAUAGCGGUUCGUGUAGCGAUGCUUUUGAUGAUAGUCCACAGGCGGAAAUGAAAGUGUUUCAGCCACGUCUCGGGAAACGAAGAAGAUCGGAACUGGACAGACUGAGGCAAGAUUUAAAAUCGUCAGGUCAGCUUUGGCAGUGGUCGGGAAAGGGCACACAGAAUAAGCGGAAAGGCAAGGGCCGCAAGAGCUUCUACAAGUCCAUAGCCCGCGGGGACGAGACUAUUUCGGUUGGGGAGUGUGCGGUGUUUACCUCUAACCCCUCCAAGUCGCAUAACCUUCCAUACGUGGGCAAGAUUGAGAGUAUGUGGGAGGGAUGGAACGGCUGCAUGGUCGUCAAGGUCAGGUGGUAUUACCACCCGGAGGAGACCAAACAAGGCCGGAGACCGGGGGAUGUCCAGAACUCUCUUUACCGCUCGACCCACGUGGAUGAGAACGAGAUCCAGACCAUUUCCCACAAGUGCGAAGUCGUUUCGCCGGAGGACUACAAAGAACGUGUGACGUCACAAGAUACCAUGGCAACAAGAAGCUCCAGCAAUGAGCGCUUUGGACGGCUUUUCUGCUGUACAGGGUCAUAUGAUCCAAGCACAGAAAAGAUCGAUCCAUUAUGACCAGAGGGAACUUAUUUAAGGCCAGAAACACCCUAAAUACGGUUAGUUUAGUCGAGGCGUUUGUAGACUUCCUUGAAAAGUAGGGCAGUGGAAGAGAAAAACAUCAACAAAGCAUUUCAGCGCAGACUUAAGCUUUGUUUCUUUUUUUAGUGUUUUAUAGACAUAUUUUCUUCGAGUAGGUUUUGGAAAGAUUGGUUUAACAGUUGGUUAGAGUUUAGAGUUCCGUUUGAUGUGAUUUCUGCGCAGAAAUCUGCACAAUCCAGUCCUGUUUGCCGGGGUUUUUAAAAUUCAGGUUUUUGUUUAGCGUUUUCAUAGUUCCUGUGAGUUGACAAAGGAUGUAUAUAUUCGCUGUACAGUUAAAGUAGUAUUAUACGCGAAGUUGUUAUCUGAUUAGAUAGCUAUGGCUUUGGAAAAUGUCUGGCAGUGCAAGAAGUUAAGCUCUGCCAGACUAUACCCCUUAAAGGGAUUCUGUCAGCCUUUCCUCCUUUGCAUAAUUUGCAGACAAGAUAAUAAAAUAACCAUCCAAAAACAUGGAUCAACUUCAGUGUUACAAAUGCAAAGGGGUUACAGAUAAGCCGAUGCAAAUUGAUUUAUUUUACUAGCUCCAUAGCUUCUGGAAUGACCUAAUUGUGGCUCAGAGCCCCUUCAAAUUAGCUCAUAAAACAAAAACUUGCUUGUCUAUUAGUAUCCAACGACAGAUUUCUAUUUUACAAGUUUGUUUGGGAACGUUUUGAUAGUUGUCCGGAAUUAUUAGGAAGAAAUCUGCUGCUACCCUAAGUAACUCGGCACUCUUUGGGUAAUUGACAUUUUUCCAGGUACCAUAAUGCUUAGUGGAAGUUUACUUUUUGUGACUUUGAUAUUUGCAAAAUCUAAAGAGAUAGCUGAGACAACAGUCUUCGGGUAUGAUUUGUAUUAUCUCUUCCUCUUCGCAAAAGCCAUGACGGUUACAGCUAUGGAACUAUGGAAACCAGACAUUAGAAUGGCAUUCUUAUUGAAACGGUAUUAAGGCGGAUUUACAUGCGCCUAUUUUGUUAAUUUCUAUUUGGCGUCGGCCCGAUUUCUUAACAUCUGCCACUGAGCAUCAGAGUUUGCGUGUCGGGUCCGAUUAUUCUUUUCACUGGCCGAAGUAAAGAGCUCACAAAUCGGUGCAUAUAAACCCGCUAAUUUUUUCCGUCGAAGGUAAUAUUUCUUUAUAUGAAUAUCUAAAUUGUAAAUAUAAAAGAUAUCUUCGCUUAUUGCUCACGUGUUGCCUUCGAGAAACACCUGACAGUAUAGGACCUUGUUAUAGUUAGAUAAAUAAGCUAUUUUUGAUAAGGUUUGUUAAUAUGUAUGUAUUUUAUAUAUAAAUAUAAAUAGUAAUAACUUGUACAUAACACAGUCGCCAUCACCGUACAUACAUAGAAUUGUAACCAUCGUUAUAUAAUAAAUAUACAGCGAAAAGUUUAGUUUUAGAAUAAUAACAAAGAUGAGAAAUAAUAAAAAGUAAAAUAAUGAAAAAUAA